AACAGCUGCUGUGUGAAUGUAGCCAGGUGUGUUUCCACUGAUCAUGUUGUUGCACAACUUGACAAUUUGAAAAUAAAUUAGCUUAAUUUUGAAAAAAUUCACUUUUUGACAAAAACAUUUGGCGGUAGCAUGAGGCAGUUUGUAUUUUUUAUCUGUAUGAAAAUUGGUUUAUUUCCCAAAACAUCAAUGUAAAACAUUUUCCACAUGAUCCAGAAGAUCAACCACCAGAUGUUGCCACAGGCGGAAACUGCAAAGAGGAAGAUGAUUUAUCGUGUGAACAAACUUAUUCAUGUGUGAUUUUAAUUACGUUUCUUACUUAGUGGAAACUCAGCAGUGUUGUUUUUUUUUUUUUUACAUCGUUAGUGGAAUAUAAAGAAAAUUUUGUGCACAUUUGGAUUGAAAACACAGGUACUGUAGUGCUGCAUCAAACCUGCAAUCUAUAUGGGCCGCAAUCCACCCUGUAGACUAUUAAUCUCAGGCCCAUGUGGGCCCCAUAUGAGAAUGCCGUUCUGCAGGAUGAAAGGUCUAGAACUGUAUUUCUAGCCUGUCUGAAUAAAUUACGUUCCUCAGAAACUCAUUUUGCAGCCUGAUAUAUUACACAUGCUGCCCUUGAUGGUCAGCAGUUGUCUAAACUAAACAUCGAGGUGCUAAUUUUGGUGGUGAAAAGCUCUAAGUGAGGCUGAAUAUUGAUCAAGGGAAUGCGGUGCAGCUGCAGCCCGUUUGCAUAAUCUCAGAUCUUCUCAUUUUUAAUGAGACGAAGGUGUAGCGUUACAACUAAUCCCUCUUUUUAAGAUUUAUACGACACUUUUUAAUGGAAAACUAAUGUUGUUCUGCACACAUGUGGGUUUCAUUGUGACAUUCACUUUUCUUGUACUAGCUUGUACUUUCUCCCCCGGACGCCUCGGAUCCCUGCAGCGCCGGUGAUGUGAUCAUGUUCAUUCAGGGUUCAGGCGCUCACAUCAUCACACCUCUCCGUCCUUUUGUCUUCUGGCUGUCCGCCUCUCUGUCCCUCCAUGUGAACGAUGUCCAGUCUCAGGUUUCUGUCCGUCCAUGGAGGCUCUGUGCUGCUGCUGCUGCUGCUGCUGACGGCCGUUUGUGAGGCUGAGUACUACAGCGACUCCACGACGCCUUCAGAGUACGACUUCGACAACUCCACCAUCGAGUACAGCUUCUUCAGUAACAGCAGCAUUGAGGAGCUGGACAAGUUCAUCGAUGGGAUGAUAGACGAGGAGGAGGAAGUAGAAGAAGAAGAAGUGACUUUCACUACAGCAGCUACAUCCAGGGAAACCACAGAGCGAGGCGGGUCAAGAGGGGGCAGUGUUGGUAGCAGCGCCUCUCUUCCUGUUUGUCUGGAACUCACGAAGCUGCUCUGGACGUCGAUGAUUCUCGUGGUUCUGAACUUACAGCAGCUGUGACACAAACUGAUGGAGGAAACGUAAACGUCCAGGUCUUGGCGGGUCCGCUGAAUCACCUGAAGCGCAGCGGGUUGGGUCCGUUUGAAGUCGGCAGAGGCUGAGCCGCCCUGACUGGUCCAAACAUGGCUGCCCUUCGCUCUGAUUGGACGCCUGCCAAGCCAGACUCUGAACUCGACUCCAAACAGACUGAACUGCGUCAAACCCUGAAUCCUUUCAAAGGGAAUCCGCCUCAUUUUGGGAGCAACAUUUCCUCUUUGUGGGGACAUUUUGAAAUUUAUUUUGGAAAUAUUUAAAGUAUGGAUGUCUGAUUUUGCCAGAAUUUGCUGCGUUAACUUCCUCUAGAAAUGAAAUUAUAACCAAACAAAAUGUCUAUUUUCAAGUGAAAACAUCUGGAAUUUAUUUUUAAUAUAACACCAAAUGGAGAACCAUUGAGAUUAUUUUCCUCUAAAAUACUUUAUUUUUACAGUUUUAUAUCCAGUUUGACCCCAAACAGCACAGCUUCAUUAUUAAGAACCCAAAGAUAUAUUUUAAUAUGCCCCACCAAAAUAUAAAUAAUUACAAUAAAAGCCUUUGUUGUGGUAAAAUGUCCCCAUCAAACUGUUUCAAGUGGCAAAAAAACAAAAUGCUCUAAAAAUGCAGCAGCAGAAAUGUUCUUAUAGUUGUUUCACAAAUACAGAAACAAGGUCACAAACAUAAAAAACAGAAAACAGAAAAGAGCCAAAGAGCUUUUUUUAUUGCCUCUUAAUGUGAAUUUUUGUUAUGAUGUUUUAAUUCAGGAGCCAAAUGCAUCAAACCAUAAAUACGAGCACAGUAGCAAGAACUUCUGUAGUCACUGUUUUCCCCGCUCAUUAUGAAGCUUUGCACACCUGCACAGGUCUGACCUCUGACCUUUCGUCUAAAUAAAGACUUUCACUUUGUUUGCAAUGCAAAAAAAUAAAUAAAUACAUACAUGUA